AUGGAUGCCCUGGGUAUCUAUGUGCUGACCUUUAAUUGUGCGAGAAACUUCGUCGAUGUCGAUGCUUUUGCGGCGCACUUCUUCGACGCCCUCCCCGCGGGGAGCUCCCCACCCGACCUGAUUGCCCUGUCACUACAGGAGAUCGCACCAAUUGCCUAUUCGUUCUUGGGAGGAUCGUAUCUCUCGCCCUACUUUGAUGAAUUCCGCCGGACGGUUUACAAAGCAUGUGCACAGAAAUGGGACGACGACUACGUGAAUUUUCAUACCGACAAUACGGGCAUGACCGGUCUGAUGCUGUUUGCUCGUCAUGACACCCUAGCCAAGAUCGCUUGGAAAGAUACAGCCCACGUUGGCGUCGGUAUUGCGGAGAUGGGAAAUAAGGGUGCAGUGGGAGCACGGCUGGGAUACGUCGUGGAGAAUGAUCCUCUCCGGACGGUGGAUUUGACGUUUGUCGCGGCGCAUCUUGCUCCAAUGGAACAUUCAUUCGAACAACGGAACUUGGACUGGAAGAGCAUUGUCGAGCGUCUUAUCUUUACGCCCGAAGCGCAGGAGUCGGAAGUCAAUGAAGGGUCUCGUCUCCUCGGCAAUGCAUCAGCUCCAGAGAGGACUCGUCAAGAUCUCUUUGCGCCAAACACCUACAUCUUCCUAGCAGGAGAUCUGAACUAUCGCACCUCGAAUAUCGGGCCCACCAUCGCAGAGAUUGCCCGAUUCCCUCGUCGCGACGUGAGCCUGGAAGAUCCAGCUCACUAUUCUCACCUGUUCAAGAAUGACCAGCUGAUUCGCGAAAUGCGCAACGGCCGGACCUUCCACGGCCUCUCCGAGGCACCGAUUGAUUUCCCUCCUACCUACAAGUACUCCAGUGCAGCGUGCAAAGCCGCCGCUCGGGGUGAGUCCGUGGACUGGAAAUGGUCGAAUCACCGGUGGCCCAGCUGGUGUGAUCGAGUCCUGUUCCUGGAUUCGCCAUGGAUUGGUGAAGUUGGGAAGGUCCAACCGCUGGCAUAUGAUGCACUGCCUCUCUUUGCGCAGUCAGAUCAUCGUCCAGUUGCGCUGCUCGCCUCGGUGCCGCUUACUUCCGGUGAUCACCCCGCGCCUGGUCUGCGAGCUGUGGCUCCGUUUCCCACUGACCCGGACUGGGAAGGGAAGCGAAAUGCAGCGCGUUGGCGGGAGGUGUUUGUCGGUGCUGUUGCGUAUUUGGGGCUGACUAGAGAAGGAAAUGGGUUGUUGCUCGUUUCGGUGUUGGGCAUCUUUGGCGCCUGGUUCAUUCUUCGAUCGAUGAUGAUUUGA